AAAAAAAAAAGAAAAAAGGAUUUCGGGGAAAAUAGUGAAGAAAGAAAAUACGCACACGGCGUUUGCGAAAUUAGGAAGGAAAAGAGGGGCGGAGCAGAGGAGACAAGGCGAAUGGCAGAUCACAGCGAACAGUCGAAUUCGAAAACGACGUCGCCUCCGGAGGACCGUCCCGUUCGAGUCUACGCCGACGGAAUCUACGAUCUCUUCCACUUUGGCCACGCUCGCUCCCUCGAGCAAGCCAAAAAAUCGUUUCCGAAUACAUACUUAUUGGUCGGGUGUUGCAACGAUGAGGUCACCCACAAAUACAAAGGCAAGACUGUUAUGACAGAGGCGGAACGAUACGAAUCCCUGCGCCACUGCAAAUGGGUGGACGAAGUUAUUCCUGAUGCCCCUUGGGUUAUUAAUCAAGAGUUUCUUGACAAGCACAACAUUGACUAUGUGGCUCAUGAUUCUCUUCCUUAUGCUGAUGCCAGUGGUGCUGCCAAUGAUGUUUAUGAAUUUGUUAAAUCUGUUGGGAGGUUUAAGGAAACAAAACGGACUGAAGGAAUAUCCACGUCAGAUGUUAUAAUGAGGAUUGUCAAAGAUUAUAACCAAUAUGUGUUGCGGAACUUGGAUCGUGGCUACUCAAGAAAUGAGCUUGGCGUGAGCUAUGUGAAGGAAAAGCGACUUAGGGUGAAUAGAAGGUUGAAAACAUUGCAAGAGAAAGUGAAAGAACAUCAAGAAAAAGUUGGGGAAAAGAUCCAAAUUGUUGCAAAGACUGCUGGUAUGCAUAGGAAUGAGUGGGUGGAAAAUGCUGAUCGUUGGGUUGCUGGGUUUCUGGAAAUGUUUGAAGAAGGUUGCCACAAGAUGGGAACAGCAAUUAGGGAUCGUAUUCAAGAGAGGUUAAGACGUCAGCAGUCAAGUGAUGGCACGCUUCGUCUUGAAAAUGGCAAGGACGACAAGGAUGAUGACGAAGAGGAGUAUUAUUAUGAUGAGGAGGACGACAGUGAUGACGAAUUUUUCGAAGAAUAUUAUGAUGAUGAUGAGCUUAAUCCCCAAAAUAAUGGAAAAGAUGAGAACAAAAAGUAGGUAUACUUGGAUGGAUUGUUUGGUUCUCGGCAGAAUGUCAAUAGCAACUAUCCAUGCAGUAUCUGUACCAUCAUAUGCAUUACAUCUUGGAUAGGAGAUUUGGAGUUGCACAAGGGAACUUUCAUUUAGCUAGUGUGGUAAAAAAUUUUGCGUGUUGAAUGCUGGUAUACGUGAAAGUGUUGUUUGUGCAUAUGCUUAUUUUAGAUGGGAAAAAAUACCCUGACCUUUUUAUUCACGUAAUUUUGGAUUGUACAUUUUGAUUUUCUUGUCACUCGCUUUCUUCCUUAAUUAUGACUUGAGAGACAGAGACUACUUGUAUGUAUUAUCAAGAUUCUGCCCAUUUACUUUAGAAAGUGUUGGUAGUAAUU